AUGGCUGAGGCAAAGACGUAAGCAUAGAGUAAAGGAGCCGCUAGUAAAUUCGAGGCUGAUAUGGGAAAUAAUUUAGAGGAGGAAUUAAUUGAUAAUGAACUAAAUCCAUUUUUAAAAUCUAAUAACGAUACAAUGGGUAUCACUGAAAUCCAAGUAGAAAAAUGGAAACCUCCAAGAUUACAUUCAUAUGAGACAAUGGGAUUGGCUGAUAGUCAGCUUAACUGCAAAAUCAGACCUUGCGGUUUCAGAACUAAUGGUAAAAUGAGAAAAAUUAAAAACACUUGCUUGAUAUCAAAAGUCAAAACUAGAUGUAGACUUAGAGGCAAGAAUCCAAAGCUAGCUGUUUGUAUUACUAUGUAUAAUGAGAACGAGUAGGAACUUAAAGAUACUCUGAAGGGAGUGCUCUCAAACUAUAAUGAACUGAGAUUGGAUAAGAGUCUUGACUUCAAGAAAGAAGAUUUUAUCGUGUUCUUGAUUUGCGAUGGUUAUUAGGCUAUUCCAGAGUCAUUUAAGUAAUAUGCAACCCAGCAUCAGUUCUUUGACCUUGAUGUAUUGUGGCAAAAAGGAUUUAUGGACAAGGACAGAGAUGGAAAGAUAAAAAUGAAGGAUAUGAGAGAUCUGAUGUUGCCUGGUGCUAAGGUGCCACUCAAUUGCAUUCACAUGUUCUAAGUUCAGACCUGGGACUUUGGACUUUAAGAUGAUAACUUGAAGAGCAGAAGAAUUAACUUUGUCUUUGCUAUUAAACAGAGAAAUGAUGGUAAAAUUAACUCCCACAAAUGGUUCUUCCAAGGCUUGUGUAAAUUCCUUAAACCUGAACUUUGUCUUAUGCUCGAUAUUGGUACAAGAGCUGAUAAGCACGCCAUUUACAAGCUAUAUAAAUAUAUGCUAAAGCAUCAACAUUGUGGCGGUUGUUGUGGUGAAAUUGAAGUUGAUUUUUCUCAGGACAAAGGUAUUUAAUCAUCUUACUUCAUCAAAGCAGCUUAAUUCUUUGAAUAUAAAAUGGGACAUUCCCCAGAUAAAGCAUGUGAGAGCUUUUUCGGAUUCAACUCGGUGCUUCCAGGAGCUUAUUCUUUAUUCAGAUGGAAGGCUAUUAAGGGUGAGCCAUUAGAUGAGUUCUUCAAGAGUGUUACCAGAGGAGAUUUUCCUUCUUGUGCCGAGGCCAAUGAGUUCUUGGCUGAAGAUAGAGUCAUGUGCUUGCAGAUUUACAUAAAAAAGAAUUGCAAGUUCCAUCUUGCUUACAUUCCAGAUGCAAAGUCUUUUACUGAUGCACCAGAUAGCUUAGCUAUUCUUAUUAAGCAAAGACGUAGAUGGAUGAAUGGUGCCAUGUUCGGUACAGUUAAAGUUAUCUCAAACAUUAUACAUAUGCUGAGUUGCAGAAGGACAAAGCACUCUUGCCUUAGAUAAUUUGGCAUGGUUUUCUUCUUAUUCUACUAUACUAUUACCUUCUUAUUCUAGUUCUUUACAGUUGGAUCUAUGUAUGCUUCUAUUACUAUCUUCUUGAAGCAAUCCUUGGGCAACAUGCUUGAGAAAUCAGGAGUAAAUCCCGAUUAUGUAUCGCUUAUUGAUACUUUCUUUGACUAUUUUUAUAUCUCACUCGUCAUGAUGACUAUUAUCAUCUCCUUAACAACUACUGUAGACAGAGGUAUUGGAAUAUUCAUAUUUUUAAUGUGCCUCUUCGGUGUUUUAUUGAUCAGUACAAUGGUCGGCAUCCUAUCAUAUUUGGUUCAAACUGGAUUCUACCCCUAUUAGAUGGACUAUGACGCUUAUAGGACUCCUAUGUGGCAAAGAAGCAAGCCUGAGGAGAGGCAUUUUUCUAUCUUAGUCCUUAGUGGUGUAGUCAUGAUGACAGUCUUCCUAAUUCCAAUCAUAAUGAGACCACUAGAUUUCCUUGGAAAUGUAAGGAACUAUAUUAUGGGGCUUUUCAGUUACUUAUUUAUGAUGCCUACCUUCAUCAACAUUAUGCAAAUCUAUGCUAUGUGUAAUCUCCAUGAUAUCUCUUGGGGUAACAGACCAGCUACCCAGGGAGUGGAAGCUGUUACUUUUAAUGUCCAAGCUCAAGAGAAAUUGAAGCAAGAUUAUCAAGUUUUCAGAGCUUAUUUCUUAUUCUUCUGGCUAGUAUGCAAUGCUAUAUUCGGAGGACUUACUGUUUACAUUACAUCAUCUUAAAAUUAACAAGUUAUUAAUGAUGGUAAAAUUACCUUCAUUGAUGGAUUCGCUCUAUUUAUUGCCUCUCUUGUCGUCUUUAAGUUCGUAUUUGGCUGUAUCUAUACUAUUAAAUGGAACUGCAGAAGAUGUACUAAAUCCUAUUACAGAAAAGGAAACUUUGACAUUGCUGAAGAGUUUAAGAGACUCAGAAAAGAUAGAAAAGGUGCCUACAGCACUGAUGAGGAUGAAGAUGAUGAUGAUGAGUAAAAAGUCUUCGGUUCAAAAGAGACUAACUCAGUGAAUAAUGUGUUUGACUAAAAAGCUGACGGAAGCAUGGCUAUAAAGGAAAACCCUGAUAUCGAUGACUCAGACAACGAUGAUGAUGAAUUUGACGAUGCUGUUGAAGAAGAGCAGCAAGAUAAAAUUAUUGAGUCAAUCAAGAGAAGUAGAAAAUUAGGUGGAGGUCAGAUCCACGUUCAGGACAUUGAAGGCAGAGGAUCCUCGGCAGAUGGAACUGUACUAAGAAGAUUUACCAAUAACGAAGGUCCUUAAAAAUAAGAUGGCACAACUGCCAAUCCUGAUAUGGAUAGUAAGAACGGCAUAAUUGAGAGUGUGAUAUCUUAUGAUCAUGACAAUCCCUAUGGACAGUCAAGCAGAGGCAUUUCUUAGGUAAAGGCUCAUAAUAUUGAUGGUGGGAAGUUAACUAAGAAUAACAGAGGAUCGCAAAACUUUGAUCGUGAAGUCAAGUUCAAUGUGAAUGAGAAGAGUGAUAUCAUCUUACCUGCUUAAAAAAGAAUUCUAGACCAGGGCAAUAACAUUGAUGCAAAAAGAGAAAGUAACAACACACCUAAGUUCUCAUUAGGUCAAGCCUUUGGUGAAAGUGAUGCUGCUAAAGGUAAAAAAUCAGUCAGGUUUGAUGCACCUUCUAAAAAGCCUGUAGAAAAACAAUGA